AUGGACGACGAAAAGCAGUUUCCACCAGGCACAGUCCGGCUCAUCGAUGUCCACGGCAAACUCCUCACCAAACAUGCCUCCAGCGCUGCUGAACAAGACAUUGUGCUACUGCCACGACCAUCUGACGAUCCCGAGGACCCUCUCAAUUGGUCUUUCAAGCGGAAGAUGCUGGCCACUUCAUGCGUGCUCAUGUACACGCUCAUGGUCGCCUUGCCCUCCGGAUCAGUAUCCUCGGUGGUCAAGCCGAUCGAGAAAGCAACUGGUCUGACCCUCAACACUCUCAACACUGGCACGGGGGUCAUGUUCCUCGCCCAUGGCUGGGCCUGCGUAUUCGGGCAACCUUUAGCUCUACAAUACGGCAAGCGACCAGCCUACCUGGUCAGCAUGGCGACUAGCAUUAUCAUCAUGGCUUGCGCGCCACUCUGUGCCACGAGGGGCACUUACCUAGCGAACAAAGUACUGCAAGGGUUCUUUGGAGCACCUGUCGAGGCUUUGUGUGAGAUCAGUAUCACGGACAUUUGGUUCGCACACGAGAGACCAAAGUACCUCGCAUGGUAUGGCCUCAGCUUGUCCAUCACCGGCAAACUAGCACCAAUGCUAGCAGGCUUCAUCAACGAUGGCCAGGACUGGAGAUGGGUUCUAUGGUGGACCGCCAUCUGGAUCGGUAUUGCCUUCAUCUACUGCUUCUUCCUCAUGGAAGAAACCAACUACGACCGCGUCCACAGCCCCCAUAACCACGCCUCGGUCGAAGCCACCGAUGCCCCAUCCGGCCUCACCACACCCGGCGACGAGAAGGAUCUCAAGCACAUCACAACAAACCCUACACCCGACAUAGAACCCGGCCACCUCACCACGUACACCCGCAAAACAUACCUAUCCAAACUCUACCUCCUCGACAAACCUCGCCCGAACCGCAUGCUUGUCAUUUUCCUCGGCCCUUUCAAAGGCUUCACAUACCCCGUAAUCGUCUACGCCGGCCUGAUGUACGGCGCCAACGCCCUCGUCUGGUCUGGGGUUCAGAAUGCCACGACUGGGACGGUGUACACGACAUACUACGGAUUCUCCACCACAGCGAUCGCAGCGGCUUACAGCGGGGGAGUUGUGGGGUGUUUGAUUGGAGCAUACUACUGCGGCAAAAUGGGUCGAAUCCUGACGCUUCGCCUCGCUCGCAAGAGGGGCGGUAUCUCUGAACCCGAAGACACAUUGUACAUGUUCAUCGCAUCCAUGAUCUUGGUCCCCUUCUCCAUGCUGCUCUAUGGGCUGGGAGUGACAUAUCGCAUCCACUGGUUCGCUCUAGUCUUCAGCCAAGCCAGUCUGGCCAUCUCCAAUUCGCUAUGUGUAGCUGGAGCCAUCAGCUACGCCAUCAGCUCAUACCAUGCGUUGAGUGGUGAUAUGCUUACUACGCUCAUUCUGAUCCGGAAUACGCUCAGCUUUGCUGUUAAUUAUGGGCAUGUUUCACCACACAAGGGCUUCCUAAGGGGGAAGAUGGUUAGCUGA